GCAGCGCAGCCGCCAUUUUCUUCCCAUCCGCGGAUCCGAGUAGAAGCGCUGAACCGAGCUCUCGUGCCGAACCGAUCUCUCAAACCCGCUGCACUCUCCCCGGGCUUUAGAUAGCGAUGCCGGCCCAUCCGCUGCGUGUCGCGGUCGUGUGCUCCAGCAACCAGAACCGCAGCAUGGAAGCGCACAACAUCCUGAGCAAGCGAGGGUUUGAUGUGCGUUCCUUCGGCACGGGAACCCACGUGAAACUCCCAGGACCCGCUCCGGACAAACCCAACAUUUACGACUUCAAAACCACUUACGAGCAGAUGUACAACGACCUGGUCCGUAAAGACAAGGAGCUAUACACACAGAACGGGAUCUUGCACAUGUUAGACCGCAACAAGCGCAUUAAGACGCGGCCCGAGCGCUUCCAGAGCUGCAAAGAGCAGUUUGACCUGGUGAUCACGUGUGAGGAGCGUGUGUACGACCAGGUGCUGGAGGACCUGAACUCUCGCGAGCAGGAGACCUUUCAGCCCGUGCACGUCAUCAACGUGGACAUCCAGGACAACCACGAGGAGGCCACGCUGGGGGCCUUCCUCAUCUGUGAGCUCUGCCAGUGUAUUCAGCACACGGACGACAUGGAGAACGAGAUGGACGAGCUCCUGCAGGAGUUUGAGGAGAAGAGCCACCGGCCGUUCCUGCACACCGUCUGCUUCUACUGACCGCCGUUGCCAUGGCAGCAGCGUAACGGCACGACCGCCGCUCAUUCACACGCAGAAACUCUGACGCGACGCGAGCUGCUCAGGACUGUAACCCUGCCGCGGCUCCACUCCGACUCAACGCAAGUCCUGAGGUUCUGGUUUUGAUGAGCUUUCGAAUGCUGAUUCCUGCUGUA